GAAAUUCUCCCGUUCGGCGUUCUUUUUAUGGCCCAAUAGCCGAAUCGGUGGGGGCGCUCGCUGCCUGUGUGGCUUGGAGUCGUCGCCGGGUCGCUAGAAGUCGCCCUCCUCCACUCUUUCUCGAUCCCAUAUCUGGAUUCGGCGCUGCCUCCGGGUGUCUUAUCGGUCGAGAUGGUGAGGGGGAAGACGCAGAUGAGGAGGAUAGAGAACCUGGCCAGCCGGCAGGUGACCUUUUCCAAGCGCCGGAGAGGCCUGCUGAAGAAGGCCUUUGAGCUCUCCGUGCUCUGCGAUGCCGAGAUAGGCCUCAUCGUCUUUUCUGCCCGUGGGAAGCUCUUCGAAUUCGCCAGCUCCAGAAUGGAAGAUACGAUUGAGCGUUAUAAGGCACAUGUAAAACAAAGUAUUUCAGCUAGCAACAAUGCCAUAGAACAUGAUAAUAAGUCAAGGAGGCAUGAAGUGGCAAAUUUGUCGGAGAAGAUUGGACAUCUUGAAACCUCUAAACGGAAUAUCUUGGGUGAAAAACUAGAAUCACAUUCUCUGGAGGAACUCCUUGAAUUGGAGACCAAGCUAGAAAACAGCUUGCGAAGCAUAAGAGCAAGACAGUAUCAAUUACUAGAGCAGCAGAUUGUACACCUUAAGGAGAAGGAGAGCCACCUAAUGGAGCAGAAUGAAUUACUGCGUGAGCAGUGCAAGCUACAACUAGAGCUACCAUUUGCUAUUCCAAAGGAAGUUUCAUAUGGCACAGCCACUCAACAAAACGAAGUAGAAACAGAGCUUUGCAUUGGCUGUCCCGGAAGAGGAAACAGAACCAGUGCCAUACAAAUCUGAUUGCCAAGAGUUUAAAAACACAAGGCAGUGAAUAUUUAUGAUUGUUUCUCUAGAAUAAGUAGCACAACACAGUUCUCUUAUAAGGGUUUGUAGAAAAUCUUCUUUUUCCCCAAAUGAAGAGCUCUUCACUCGGAACAAUGUGACAAUCACUUGUGCAGCUACACAAUCAGGUUCAUUUAAUUUUGACUGUCUGCUUGUGAGUGAUUGAGAUUUAGUAGAGAUUGGAUUGUAUCUGUUAAGGAGGAUUUUAUGUGAAUCCACUUAAAAAUCCUUUCUCGUUAGUUUUAUUCGGAAAUAGAAGAUGAACACUCAAAGCCUUGCAUAGGCGGCUACUCAGCUAAUGGUUAAUUAAUUAGUUGUAAUGGACUCUUCUGUACAUCAAUUUGCAGAUAUAAAUUAUGUUAUAUAAA